CUCAAACCCAAUGGCUCUCAAACGAAAAUGGAGGGACCACCAUACACUGAAGAUGACUCAACUACUACCAUCACCACCAACACCACCGCCGCCGAUGAAAUUCACAGCAAAUCCAGCUCUCGAAACAGCGGCACGCGGCAUCCGGUUUAUCGGGGAGUACGAAAACGACGGUGGGGCAAGUGGGUAUCCGAAAUCAGAGAGCCGCGCAAGAAGUCGCGCAUUUGGCUCGGCUCUUUCCCGGUGCCGGAAAUGGCAGCCAAAGCUUACGACGUUGCGGCGUAUUGCUUGAAGGGACGAAAAGCGCAGCUCAAUUUCCCCGAAGAGGUCGAGGAUCUUCCUCGACCGUCCACGUGUACGCCCAGAGACAUUCAAGCGGCAGCUGCAAAAGCGGCUCACUCCGUCAUAUUAUCCAAAAAAAGUGACGUCGUAUCGGGAGACGGCGAUGGGGAUGACUUUUGGAGAGAAAUUGAGUUGCCGGAAUUGAUGAACGGAGGAUAUUACCGGAAUUCAUGUGGGUGGUCGUUUUCUGGCGUGGCGUCGUGGCUGGAUGGGGAUAAUAAUCAGCCGAACUACUCAAUGGCUUGCCUGUAGCAAAAAUUAAUGUAUAACGUACGCCAGUCUGUGUGGACGGUUGGUAUAUAUGCAUGUAAAUUAAUUAAUCUUCAUUUCAUAUAUAUGAUUCACCCAACUGCGUUUAUAAAAAAAAA